AUGAGGUGGCAGCUGCCAGUUGUGGACGGCGCGGCGGAAGAGCCGCGCGCGGGCGCGGGCGGAGAGGCGCCGGAGCGGCCCUGCGCCGAGCAGGCCGCCAGGCGUCCGGACGCAGAGGGCAGCGGGCGGGCCGCGGACGCGCUGCGAGAGCGGGGCGGCGACGCCGCGGUCGGGGAGGACGCGAUCGUCAGGCACCCCGACGAGGCCUCGGGCACGCAGGCCGGAGAGGCGCUGGCCACGGGCGCGCUCUCAGAGCAGGGCGGCGGCGGCAGCGAGCUCGGGGGGGAGGAGCUCCGCAGGCUCUCCAGGCAGCUGGCGGCGGCAGUGAUCACCAGGAGCGAGCGGGGCGCGGCACUGCCCACGCUCCUGCACGGCGGGCCCGCGCGCGGCGUCGGGUCGGGACGCCCCGCGCCGGGCGCGGGCGGCAGCCGAGGGGCGCUGUGCGCACGCCUGCCCGCGAAGGCGCCGCAGGGCCCCGCGGAGGCAGCGGAGGCGCUCGGAGGGAAAGGUGGCGGCGGCGAGGGCCCAGGGGCUGGCAGCGACAGCGGUCGGGGCGACGACGGUGAGGGCGGCGCUGGGCCCUCGCCGAGCGGCCAGGAGGGCCUGCAACGGCCGCGCGCGCUGCAGCGGAGGCGCUGA